CCAGUGUGUCAUAGAAUCGUCGUUUGUCUUUUCUAGCACUCUUCACUUCUCUCUUUAUUCAGUGCAGUGUACAUUGAACUCAGCUUCUCCGUCUGUUGUGCAUCUUUGCAUUGAGUCAUCUUCUCUUUCACCAUGCUCCUCUCCUCGAUUAGCUUCCAUAUAUCCACUGACAGCCAUUCCUUGUCUUGUCUCUUCCUUCUUCCUAGAACAGUUGUACUUGUUUCUUUAAAUCUCGCUUCCAGAGAGUUCUUGUGUUCUUCCACACAGAUUUCCUCAGUGAUGUCACGUAGUGUGUCCAACUUUAUUCUGAUGUUUGUAGCGAAGGCAUGUCUUGUAGUUUUGUCUUUCAAUUUCUGAAUGUUGAACAU